AUGGCCGAGCCGGCGCAGACCUCCGCCGGCGCAGCCGCCGCCGCGCCAGACAUCAAGCAAGAGCAUGAGCCGACUGGUCUGGAGGGCCUCGACUUCAACCUGUCGCCCGAGCUCGCGUCGAAGCGGCCGUUCGAGGACGUCGCAACCGGCGCCAUCGAGAGUCCAGAAGCAAAGCGCGCAAAGACGGAGGGCCAGGCAGAAGAGGACUCGCUAGAGGAUGGCCUCGCCCUUCUCGUCCAGAAUGCGCUCUCCAACGUAGGCGACCUGGUCGACCAGUUCAGCGCCCCGCCCGACCCUUUGCCCGCGCCCUCGACCGAGCCCAUGGACGUGGACAGCGCGCCCACCCCGGAACCCAGAAAGGUCCCGGCCACGUUUGCGCUCGAGCCCCAGCGAUACAUUCGCGAGAUGAACAUGCAUGCGCUUGGAAACCUGGCCAUUUCUUUGCUUCUCAUCGUGGCGCAGCCGCCGCUCGAAGAUACCAUCAAGCUUAUAAGAAACGGCGAUUCAGAUCACGGGCGCUCCUACCGCCAGCUGAAACAGUCGUUAGAACAGAUCCGAUCGUUGUACACCUCGAAACACGUCCUGUCGGCGCACGAGCUGGAAAUCCAUGACGCCGAUUCGCGAACCCUACUGGAGCUGGCGAACCUGGCGCAACUCGGCUCUUGGCUGAUCGACGGCAGCCAGACCUCGCUCGACGAGGCCGACGAGUCGUUCCUGUCCAUGUUUGACUGCCAGGUCUCCGAUCUGCCCGCCGGCAUGGAGGAACUCUAUCUUGGCAUCAUGACGCAGAGAGCCGUCGAGUCGCUGGCGGUGAAGGAACCGGAAAAGCCCUCAGAGGAAGUGCUGGGCGAGAUACUGAUGUCGGGUCUCGAGGACCGGCUGCGCGGCCAGCACGGCGGCAACGAGCUGACGUCCGCGGACCAGCACUUUGUCUCGUCCGUUCAGUCCCGCAAAGAGACUUUACAGGGGGAGGCAAAGGAGCAGCCCGAACCAACUGCCCUUAGGGAAAAGCACCCCCUCGAAGAGCUGCUGCGGCUGUACGUCAAGUACGUCAGAGAGCGGCUCGCGGCGGUAUCGCAUCUGGGAUCCAAAUUCGGCAUCUCCACGGAAAUACGCGACGCGUCCGUCACGGCAGAUGUCAUAAGCGACACCACCGUCGGCCACGCCAACACCAAUACCUCCGCCAACCAAGCUGACGCCGAAGUCGACGUAGACCUGGAUGACCUGUCGUCAUUCUUCGAAAAGACAGCUUCCGGACUCGUACAGGACGCGCUGGCCGGCCUGACGGAAGAGACCAACGAGGAGUCGACAGCAGAAGGAGGCGAGCACGGUGCCCACACCAACGGCGAGGCCAAGGCCACAACGGGCCAGACAAAUGGCAAGAUCGAUCUCGCGACAGACUACAAAGAGCUCGAGGCUCUUGUUGCUGAGAGCACCUCCAACUAUGUCAGGACGACGCUGCACGGCCUCUCGCCUGUUCCGUACCAGCCAACCGUCCCCCAAAGUACUACGGAAUCCAUGGCCGCCCAGCUGCCGUAUCUGCAGCAGCUCCACCAACACCAAGCACAGCAUCCUUAUUACACCUCCUACUCACAACGUCCGCCCGAGCCGCAGGCCCCAGCCCCGGCCCCGGGCGAAAACCUACCGCCGAAUCAGACGUGCUCGAGUGCAACGCUGUACGACAAAGCCCGUCAGGCCGCCUUGUCCAAGACGUCAUCGCACACCAGGAGAGAGGGCUCCCACUCGACGAGGCGGCCGUGGAGCCAAGACGAGGAGAAGGCCCUCAUGGCUGGGCUUGACAUGGUUAAGGGGCCUCACUGGAGCCAGAUCCUGUCGCUGUUCGGACACAGCGGCACCAUCUCCGAUAUCCUGAAGGAGCGGACGCAGGUCCAGCUCAAGGACAAGGCGCGAAACCUCAAGCUGUUCUUCCUUAAGACCAACUCGGAGAUGCCAUACUACCUGCAGGCCGUCACUGGCGAACUCAAGACGAGGGCCCCUACGCAGGCUGCCAGGAAGGAGGCGGAGGAGCGGGCACGCAUGAACUCGGAGGAGGAUCAGGCCAAGCUGCAAGGCAUCCUGACGUUGGCCGGCGGACUGCAGCACCCACCUCAGGGGCGAGCCACGGGAAGCCCUGCCACGGGCAUAACUGGCAGCGUCGUGACACCAGCACAAGCCGCGGCGGCUGCUACCUCUGCGCAACAGCAGAACCAGCAGCAGCAAGCCAAUCAGUGGCACACGUCCGCGCAAGCAGCCAGUCGUCUUCACGGGGCAGCCACCGCAUCGGCGUCGACGCCCGCGUCGGCACAGACGACGCAGGUAGCUAAACCCGGUGUGCAGGCGACAACGCAGCAGGUGCUACAGUCGAUGCCGCAGGCUCCUCCGCGGCCGCAGGCCCAGAUCCCUCCUCAGGCGCACAGGCCGCAGCCGUACGGCAACCAACCGCAUCAGCUGCAGUACCAGCAUCUGCAGCAAGCCCAGCAGCAGGCUCGGCCACAGGCACAACAGCAGGCUCAGGGCCAGCAGGGCCAGCAGCAGCACCCUCAGCAAGCCCAGGGCCAGCAGAACACACAGGCGCAGCAGCAGCAGCAGCAGAGCCCCGUUGUUCGGUCGCCGGCAACGCCCCAGCCUGGGACCCCCGGAGCACAACCGCAACGGCCGCUGUCUGCCCAGGGUCAGGCGGCUGCCCAGGGGCACACACCAGCCGCCGCCCAGCUUCUAGCACGGGCUCCGGCAGCAGCCCAGCAGUCGGCACAGGCACAACCCCAGGCUCAAGUCGCUGCACAACACGCCCAGGGGCAGGCCCAAACUCAGGGGCAGCCGCAAGCUCAGCAUCCCCAGAGCCAGUUGCAACCUCAGGCAAGACCACAAGUGCAAGCAGCACAGGCUCAGGCUCAAGCCCAAGCCCGACCGGCGCCUGUUCCCGCGCAAGGCGUCCAGGGACACAACCAGCCUGUCCCGGCUCAAGCAAUCCAGGGAAGACCAGCGCAACCACAGACCCCGAGCCAACCGGCGCAAGGUCAGCCGCCUCAAAGUCGACCGGCCCUCACGCUGCCAGCACAAGGCCAACAAGGCCAGCAGAGCCAGGCUCCUCUCCAGAACAACUUGCAACAACCCCAGCGUCCGCAGAGCCAGCCCCAGGCCUCACCGCUUGCUCUUCCUGUGGUGGCCCGUCCGCCCAGUGCUCCCGCCAACCCGCAGUCUCAGCCUCCUCCUGCAGCGGCGUCCGCGCCUCACGGACACCCGCCUCAGCAGCAAACGCAGCCGCAGCCGCAGCCGCAACCACAGGCGAACCACAGCUCGGGUGCCGCGUCGGCGCCUCCGUCACAGCAGGCGCCUCCUGCCCAGGCACCAGCUCCUCUCGUGCUGCCAACUCAGCCCAUCGAGGCCGCACCGCACAAGUCUCAGGAAGAGACACAGGCCGACGACAACGCCGCCGAGGUGGCCCUGCUCGAGGGUCUGCAGGCCGUUGUGGCCCAGAGCCUGGCAUCGUAA